AUGGGCUGUUGCCGGUGGUAUCUGGUGGUGGGUUUGGGAUUAGGUACUGCUGCAACGGGAUUAAUAUUUAUACUGGCAUGGCCGAACAUCUUUGACAUACUCGUGUCUGAGGAGAAAUCUCUACUGCCGGGCUCAGCACUCUACAAAGAAUGGCGGCGACCCACGAUGCACCCUAGCUGGCAGUUUUACGUGUACAACUGGAGUAACGCACAGGCAUUUCUAAGUAUUCCGCAGGAGGCAUCGACGGCUAGCUUUCAGGAGCUGGGACCCUAUACGUAUAAUGAAUACACCGAAGUUAUAGACGUCAAGUUUCACCAAGGAAAUGGUACUCUAUCAUACCGCAAGCGAACCUUCUUCCGGCGUAACUUCAUCGGCACACAACCGCAGGUGAUCACCAGCGUUAACUUUGUCGCCUUGCUGACGUCCCAUCUGGCCCGCAACAUGGACUACUCCUUGCAACGGGAGAUGUCCUUUCUGCUGCACAACUACCGUCAGGACGUGACGGUAACUAGACCGAUCGGGCAUCUACUGUUUUCCGGGCAGCGCGAACCGAUGUUGGAGCAGAUGCGCAAGCUGCUCUGCACCGACAAGAAUCUCGGAGCGCUGUGUCAGGACGAGCGUUUGGCAUACUUCCGUACGUUCAACGUCAGCAGACGACCGAGCGAAAUCUACAGCAUGGACAUCGGGAUGCAUGAUCGCUCGACAUACGGUAUAGUGCGCUCCUGGGGCUCAACAGUUCAUCGUAAGGCGAGCAACGCAAUUCAGCCCUGUGAUGGUUUUGAAGAUCUUACCGGAGAGCUAUUUCCGUCUCGCCUCGAUCGCGGUAAACCGAUCACGAUUGUUCUGCCGGAACUGUGCCGAAGACUAACGCUGGAGUAUGAUGAAGAGCUGCUGCUGGAUGGUAUCAUGGGUUACCGCUACACGGCACAUCUAAUUCGACCGUUCAGCACCGAAAUGGUGGAAGCAAGCGGCAUGACCAGCUGUCCGGAAAUGUCCAUUCGGUUGGGCAGGUACGGCAUGCUUAACUCGAACGAAUGUAACGGCCUGCCGUUGUACGAAUCAGAGCCGGGUUCUUACUCAAACCAGUCAGAUGGCAAUAGACGUCAACUGUACUACGUCCUGGAGCCUACGACAGGGACGGUGCUAGAGUCAUACAUCGGUCUAGCGUAUCACACGGAUCUUCGUCCAAACGAACAUAUCGCACUGUUUCAGAACGUACCAGAACUUCGCGUACCGCUGUUUCGCUUCGACCGUUACUACCGACUGGGAGAGCCGAAAGCUGCCAAGCUUAGGCAGCUGCUACAUCUACUAGAGGUUGGUCAUCAGGCAGCGCUUGCUGGAUGCGCUGUCGGUAUUACUUUAGUAUUACUAACAGCAAUAUACGCAUGCUGGAAGUCACGCAAACCCAGCAAAAAUCGCAACGACGAAUACAGCAUCAUCGGGAUGCAGCUACGCAAUGACGGACGGAGUGAUCAAUUGAUGAAAUAA